AUGCAGAUACAACCAUUGGCAUCCAUUUUAUCAGAUACAUCUACUGCCACUGAUCCUUUCAAUGAUGUGAGUAGUGGAAAUAGUCCAAAGCCAGACCACACAACCACACCUUUUGAUGAUCUCCAAUUGUUCAUUGGCAUUGGCUACAAACACACCAGAUAUGAUUGUCUAUUAAACUUGGAUCUCAAGAUAUAUUCAACUGUUGAUGACUUUGUUUUAUUAGGAGACAGAAAUCGGGUGCUGUAUUACGAUUCAACUAAUUUCACUCUUAAUAAAAUUGUUGAACUACCCAAUGUUUCUUAUAUAAUGCAACAUCAUGUAAUCCAGAAUUUUCUUAUCAUUUUGACCAAAUGUCAACGUCUUCUAAUAAUAGAUGCAUUUUCAGGGUUGUUUUUCACAGAAAUCGAGUUAUUUCAGCCAUUUGUAUCAUUCCAAGAGAUAAUAUCGUUAGAUGAUUGUGGGUUCAAUAUUUUGCUAAAAGCCAACGGAAGCUUUUGUCAAAUAGUUACAUUUGAUCUGCACUCUCAUCGUCUAUUACUAAAGUCAUCUAUAAUCUACCCUAGAUUUCGACCGGUUCAUUCACUUUCAAUCCAAGAUACGUUCUUCUAUCUUUUCGAUAAGCACGGAGAUUAUCAAGUUGUAAUUAUUAAUGGAAACAAUUACCACCUUUUAGAAGCAACGCCCAACAAAAAGAUUUUCUUGGACGCCAGUUUUGGCUUACUAAGGAGUAUAGAGAGACUAUCACCCGGUAAAAUAAUUUUCUUACAAGACAAGGGGUUUUCUGUAUUCGAAUUGAGAUGUACAGAAAAGGUAUCCUUGAACAGUUUAGAGCUUUUCAUGUAUUCAUUGUUACCCUUCUCAUAUUCAAAAUUUAUUCAAAUUCAAGGGAUUGGGUAUAUUCUGAUGAAUGGCGGAUAUUUAAUGCAGAUACGAGAAAAUAACACAAUUGUUAUUAAGCCUGAAGGAAGGCUAUUAGAUAUAAUACCCAGUGAUAACUUUGUUUUAGGGAUAUUUGAGCACUAUGGAAAAGUAGCCAGAUGUCUAAUAGGUUUGGAAUGGUCUGCAUCUACUGCUGCACCAAUCGUUAUACAAGAAAAUAGGCCCGUUUAUCAAGAUGAAAAAAUGGUUAUAUCGUACGAAAAGGAUAACUUUGUUUUCCGAGACCAAAAAGGCAAUGAAAUCAUUACAAUAUCUAGCAUAUCGGAAACUUUGAAAGUGGUCGAUCUUAGUCCGAUAUUGCAACACGAUAGUUCACCGUAUUAUUAUAUUUUAGUCGACCAUAAAGGAGUGGUCAGAUUCUUGGUUUACAAUUUGACGAUUAAUCCUCACUUCAUCAAAUGCAUUGAUAUAGGAAAUUUUGACACUGACACUAUUCUCAGCUUAUCCUAUUGGGAAGAUACAAAAACUAUAGAGUUUAGAUCUACAGAUGAAGAGAAAAUUUUAAACUUGCGUUCUCUGGAACUCAUCCCAAGGCAAAAAAAUCUAGGUUCAAGACUAUUAAUUUUCAAAUCACGGUGUUUGGACAUACCAGCGCUAGAGGAGUUCUUUGAAAAGGCAGUUAGUGUUGCAGAGCAACUAACCUUAACUAACAAGUGGGUAAUAGCACAAGAAAAUAACAUGAAUGUGUUUCAAAGAUUCACAAGCGAAGGUUCACUAAAUUCUCCGGAAUUAAUGUUGUUGUGCAAAAUAUAUAACAAAAGUCACGUGGAUUUUCAUUCAAUAUCUUUAGUAGAGAAUGUACAGCGUCCAAUCUCACUUGUUCUAAGAUUGGGCCAGCUGUUUGGAUCAAGCGAACAGUUAAUUGUCGAUUAUGCAAUGUAUCUGGUAUCUGAAAUUUUAGUUUCUCUGCCUUCAGUGCUACCUCUUAUUGUAAGCAUAAUCUGCAGCAGAAAGCUCACCACACGAAGCUCUAUAUUACUGAUGCUAUGCUUUUCUAUUUGUUCUGAAAUUGUCCCCGCAAAUAAAGCACUUUACCUUAUCAAAUGCGCAUAUCUACUGUUGCUGAAAAACCAGAGAGCAAUGAAGAAAGUGGCUCUAGACGCAUUGAAGGUUUUAAGUAGAAAGGAUUUUAGAGGUAAGUAUGACCGCUUUGAGCUGGCUCAAGCUAUCCAAUGGCUCUUUGUUUCCAGGGAUGUACUAUUCAAGGAGAAGGAGGUUGACAAUAUUGCUGAUUUUCAAAGUUUGAACAUGAUCAUAGAUGCUAUCAUGAUAGAUGAGCCUUUAAGUAUGACUGUCACAAUUGCGACGAUCUUUAAAAGUGAAAAAUUUGACAUUGACUCAAAAACGUCUGCACUUGACUAUAUCAAUUAUUUUAUGCUUGAAAAGUCAAACCUUUUAUGA